GAUUCAGACGGAUGAUAUCCAUCCCACUUUCACUCCUGGUCCUCGCCUUGAAAUCCUUGUCGGACGAAAGAAUGGCGGACGACCCUCUCUUCCUCCACCUCCACAAGCUCCCAGCGGCGACGUCGGAGGAAACCCUAGCCCGCGUCCUCGAAAUCCUCUGGAAGACCCGAAAGACCGGCCUCGCUCCUCACGAGAAGACCCGCCUCCACUCCCUCCUCAACCUCCCCACGCUCCAAGAGCUCGACCCCGUUUUGGCAUGCCUUCGCUUGAUUAUCAGGAAGUGUGUACAUGAGAAGCUCACAAGUGAAGAUGUCCAAAGUUCAUUUCCUGUUGAUCUGUCUGUUGAACUUCAGAGCACUCUUGUGAAGGUACUUCAGAAAUAUCAGAACCAGUGGAUGGAGGAAGCAUCUAGAGACCAGCCUCUUUGGCAACAGACAAGGGUGUCAUAUCAGGUUAGAGUCAAUAUGCCACCAGCGCUUCCACCUCUCCUGGCUUCGGAACAGUCGUCAUCACUAUGGCCACGGCAAGAUAAUGCAACUAACUAUCCUAAUGGCAAUAAUUUCUGUGGUUCUGUUCCAAGCAAAGCUGAUCCAAAUCUGCCACGCAUCCCUCCAAUUCCCCUUCAACGGGAUAAUGGUUCUUUUGAUAAUCUGGCAAUUCUUCCUCGACUCAAGUCAAUGACAUGGACUAUGGAGAAUCGAAAUUCAACACCUGCAAAUCGGGUGGCGAUCAUUACUUUGAAGCUGCAAGAUUAUACAAAGUCUCCUUCAGGGGAAAUAGAGGUGAAGUUUCAGCUUUCAAAAGACACACUGGAAGCCAUGUUGAGAUCAAUGACCUACAUCAGUGAGCAGCUCUCAAGCACUGUGGAGCCGCCGUCAGAACCAUCAUCAAAGAAGCCGCGGCAGUAAGAGUCGAAUCCAUCACUAUCUUAUUGCACCACCGAGUUUCAAAGCCAGCAACAUCCGAGCAGGCAUGCAGACUAUCAUGUUGAUGUCAUGGCACCCUCUCCAACUUCAUUUGCAGACAAUGAACAUUUGUAUGUAUAAAUUGCCACUUAAUGUAUUUUUCGUAUUUGCUUCCUGAAAAUGUGGUACCAACUACAGUAUGAAAUGAUAGAUGGAUGAGCACUCGUCAUUUUGUAGGGAUGCAGGAACGACAGAUAUCACUGUUAGCGUGUGCGGAAAGAGAGAUGGGAAUGUUAAAUUGUACUAUUUAUUAGUGGAAUUGAGAUUACCAAAAAUUUGAAAUAGACACAUUGUAAUGAUUGUGAAAAAGAAUAGUACUCUUUAAUUUCA